AUGUAUUCCGCCUACGAAAAACUAACUAUCUUUGAAAGAAGGAAUAUAAAACGAAUUCGAAUAUUGUUCAAGUCGAGGAAAGUUGAACUAGAUGUUUAUGGACAUUCGAGAACCAUCAUAUAUGAAAAUAGUUCUGGAAACACUACAGUUACGAUGGGAAGAAUCGAUGAUUUUCAAGUUGAUGACAAUUACUUGCGAGUUUUUUGUCGAGAUUUAGAACUGGUUCUGAAAAAUCAAACUGAUUGUUUGGAGAGUUUUGUAAUUACGUCAGAUGAUGAUUUAAAGGAAAUAGGCGAGAAAAAGUUGGAAUAUUUCUUCGAAGCUUUCAAAAAGUCACUCGAAUCCAGAAACGAGCCAUUGAGAGUUAAAAAACCUCCAUAUUUGAAAGUUCUGAAAACCCGAGAUUUGAUGGAACAAAUCGCUCAGACUUUAGAAUGUUUUGACAUUCAAAACCUGCGUCGCGUGUCUUCGGGAAUUCGUAAGUGUAUGGAUGCAGUGAAACCGGAUCCGAAAAUUCAAAAAUAUCGGAUUACUGUAGAAAGUGAUCACCAUAUCAAAUCGGAAAUUUUUCUGAGAAAUGGACAACGUCAAUUUAUUGAAUACAGUGAUGACUCAAGAAAUUUGGAUCAGUUAACAAUAAAUCGCCGUUCUUUGAUUUUUGAUGAUUUUUGCGACGUAGCACUGAAUGACUUCUAUGUGAAUUUGAGGCAUCAGAAAACAGUUUUGGAAGAGUUAGGAGUGGAAUUGAGCUACAAACAAGCCUUCUUCUCUCCACACCCAAAGCCACACGACGAUUAUUCGGAUGACGAAUUUCCUUCUGAAGAAAAGAGAAUUCCAAUAAAACAUGAGAGAAGUACAAGUAUGGAUUAUCCAAAUCUUUUCGAAUUUGUUCAAAACUUUGUAUUCGAUUUGAAAAAAAUUUUGGAAUCUAUGAAAAAUUUGAGAAUUCGAAAAUUGAGAAUCGGGAGUGUGGAUGCACGAGAAGUGGAAAGGAUUUUGAAGAAAUGCAAAAAUGUCGAAUCUUUGGAAAUUUUCGAUCCAGAUGGAAUACAUAGAAGAUGUUCAAGAAUGUACAAUUUUCCAGAGGAAUUAAGAAAUUCUAAAUUUGACUUGGGAGACAUUUUAUAUUUGGUUUAUGAUUUCAAAGAAUUGCAUAUCGAAAUUCCCAUAGAAAGAGAUUGUGAUGAUGAAAUUCCAGAUGUUUCUGAAAUCGGAAAUUUGGAAAUUCGAAUUGAAACAAUUUCUGUGGGAGAGUUGUCACAUUUCAGAACGGAACUUCUCAAAUCGCAAACUUUUGAAGUAUUCAAAAUAAUUUUUGAAAAUAUGGAUUCGGAAGAUUCUCUAUUUGCCAAUUUCGGAGAGCCCUACCAUACAAUACGGAAUGCCAAAAAGAUUUGGUAUUUUCGAAUUCCCAAUACUGAUUUUUUUAUGUUCAUUGUGUUAAAUCCAGUUAUAGCAGGUUCGGAAAAACUUAGAAUUAUAACAUUUAAAAAAGUUAGAAAAGAGAGAACUCCGUUUCUCUAA